AUGGCUAACGAGGGAUACAUAUAUUUUCCGAAUUCUGCAAGUCCUGGUGGUCCUGGAGUUCCUCCAGAUUCUCAAAAUCCUGAAAAUCCUGAAAAUCCUGGGAGCGCUCGGGAUUUUGUUCGGAAUUUUGGCCUUGCAGGUUUUCCGAAUUCUGCAAGUCCUGGUGGUCCUGGAGUUCCUCGAGAUUCUCAAAAUUCUCAAAAUUCUGGAAACACUGCUACUGGAAAUACUCAAAAUCUCUUUGAGCAUGAUUCAACCUUUCCUAUUGACGAGUUUGAUUUUCGAUACCUGAUCGAUGGAAAUCCCAGCUCUUUCAGUGGCAUAUUGAAUCAGGAAUCAUCACAACCCCCUAAGGAAAAUGAUCACGAUUUGAACGCAGCAGAAAAGGCGAUCGCCGAAAAAGGAUUGCAGUUUUUUAUUACACUAAUGCGAGCAUCUUAUGAAAGUGUUCUUCCCGAGAAAGACGCUGACGAUAUCAAGAGACAGGUGAAGAGGGGAUCAGAUAUUGACCAAAAGGUCAUUAGUAGUAUAUACAAUAUCAUAGCUUCGGGAACAUCAGUGUGUACUCCAGAUAUCAUAGAGAAAUUGACACAAGACGAGAAGCUUCAGUUGGCUGGUAUGUUUUUGCAAGAUAUCGAGGUCGCCGCUUGGAUUCGGAUGUACAAUAGAGGGAAGUUUUCAAGCCUCUACAAGGAUAUGGUAAAGACCGGUUUACUUGUUGAUUUGAUCCUGCCUGGCAAAAAAGACGUGGGCAGAAAGGGAUAG